AUGGAUCUCAAACACCAACUCCUUCAACAAUCAAGAAAAUACGUCAAUCAUUUGAAACAGAAAGGACCAAAAAAUCCAUUCCUUUCUUUCCAUGAUUUAAAAUCAAUAACCCCAAUACCCAUCAAGAGAAUGACAUGUCCUUCAGAUGCUUGUACAAGGACUAGUCAUGUUGACUAUAAAAUAGUAUUUACUGGAGAUGGAGCAGUGGGAAAGUCAUCACUCAUUGCUCGCUAUCACAAUGGAAUAUUUCCCAACGAUUAUGUGCCUACCGUGUACGAUCGACUACGGCCAUUGUCCUAUCCUGGUACCGAUUGGAUUCCUGAAAUUCGAUGUUACACUACUGAGAGUAAUCCUCCCAUUGUGUUGGUCAUGAAUAAGAUUGAUUUAAGGUCCAAUUACUUGGAGUUGUUAUUGAAUAACAAGGAUUUGCCAUUGGAAUAUCAAGAUGGAGAAGCAGUGGCUCGAAAGAUGGGAUGUUGCACAUAUUUGGAAACAAGUGCCAAGGAAAAUAUUCAUGUGGAGGAUUUGACGGAAGUUGUGGUGAAGAGUUGCAGCCAAACAUACCGUCUCCCAAUGCUGAAGAAAUUCUUGUCCGCAUUGAAUUGGAAGCACUCUUCAAAUUUGAGGAGUGACAUCAUCACGAUGACUCUGAAGAAUAAGCAUCAUCAUUCGGUUGCAUUCAGAAAUUACACAUUUUCCAUCGAACCAUUAACUUGGAAACAUGUGGAUCAAGUUACCCUUCUCACAUGUUAUUGUUUUACAGAGAGUGAGCCAAUUUCUCGUGCGUUCGGAUAUCAAAUGACAGAUCUCUAUAAUUUUGCUCAUACCUAUGUUUCACAAGCAGCAAGAGAAGAGUUGGGACAUGUUGCCAUUGACAAGACUGGUUUGUUCGUUGCUGCAAUUUAUAGUGAAGAUUUUGUGAAGGGUGUAGUGGAGCAUCCAGAAUUAGAGCCAGAAACCAUACCAGACGUGUUGCAUAUUUUUGACAAGUUGCAUUCUCAAUACUUUUCAAAUCCUCCACCCCUAGAAAUGACACAUUUUUCACACAAACCCAGUGAAUUAUUUACAACAAAUAAUUAUGGAAAAAUACUUCACUUGGUAGUGGCUGCCACUUAUUCUUUUUACAGGUCUCAGGGAAUUAUGUCCAAGCUCACGAACACUCAUCUCGAAUAUUGUAAAAAUGAUAGAGGUUUCACACAAGGAGUGGCUGAGUGUAGUAGUGAUUAUUCGAGAAGAGCUCUAUUAAGGUUUGGAUUUAACACACAAGCAAAGGUUGACUAUGAUGAAUAUGAGAGUCUUGUUGAAAUAGAUGGAAAAAUUGUCAAACCCUUGCAGGGAAAGAUUGAGCCUCCACAUGUUUCAAUGGACAUGGUUUGGAAUUACAAGUUAUAA